AUGUCUGACCCACUAUCCGUUGCCGGAUUGGGCCUUGGGGCCGCGUCCCUAGCAAUUCAAGUGUGGGAUGGGGCAAAGCAAGGAUACAAGUACUUCGAGUCGGCUGCCAACAUGCCAUCUGAGUGCAAGUCCAUCCAGACUGGCUUGAUGAUUGAGUAUGAUAAACUGCUCAAAUGGGGUGAAAUUGCCAAACUUGAUUCCGGCGGCGGCUAUGGCGGCUUCGACCGAAGCGUGAAGAACAAUUUUGCUGUCAUCCUGGCUGUCCUUAGGGAGAUCGACGCCGUGUUGCGUGACAUGCACGAUAGAACCGUCCACUCUCCACAAACUGCCUUGCCAGAUCAACAUACAUCAGAUGAACUGUCAAGCGAGCAGGCGAACGAUGCCUUGAUGAAGAAGUACGAUGAGAUACUCAACAUCUCGAAUAAGGCUGCCGAAGAGGAAAAUCACUCAAAGCUUGUGAAAAGAGCUCUCAGGAUUGUACGCAGCAUUCGCGACGUUGCCAGUGACCCCAAACGUGUUCGUUGGGCCAUGGGUACCGACAAACCAAAGCUUGAAGCGGGGCUACAGAAGCUCCGUAAGCUCACUGGCUACCUUUACGAUACCGUUGAGGAUAAAAAGCUGGAUCUUCUCCUUCAUGACACUCAUGAGAUCCACUUGGCACUGCUCCAGCUCCUACCAAGCUAUGCAGCAAUCGAAUCUGUACGCGAAGAUACGAGAUCUGUCGUGUCUGAACCAGCCAGCUCGGCAUUGUUCUUCUCGGACAGCAGCACGCUUGUUGGAAGCGAGUCACGGGCAAGUCUGAUAGCGUCGAACAGACAGCGGCAAGCCCUCGUCGACCGCUUAGCAACCUUUAGCGCUCAUUUCGCGAAAACCAACGAGGAUUCCUGGAACGAUCACACUCUCCUCCUUGAAUGGGAGCAUCAAUCAAACUCAGAUAGCGGAUGCGACGAUCGGGCGACGGAUGCGGCCAAUAACCGGGCUAUCACAACCUUCGGUGGCCAACGCGUCUGGAUCGAGUGGAGAGCAUAUGAUGCGGUGCUCAUUCCAAAUCCAGAAGAUCCCCAGUCAUUCAACCUCGAUGCUAAGCCGGAAGUCCAUAAAUGUAUUCGAAGACUGGCACAGCUACUCCAUGACCAGACAAAGCCCGUGGAGUUCCAGGUCCCUCAUUGCCGCGGGUUUGUCCAAGACGGGGAAAACUCGAGGUUCGGCUUCAUCUACGACCUGCCAAACUCGUCCGAAGACAUCGGAUUGAAGACGCUGUUCGAGGAGCUAUCCCACAAGGACAGGAAAAUGCCGUCCUUGGAUAGCAGGCUCGCCGCGGCCCGUAAGCUCGUCGAAACAGUAUUUUGCCUUCAUGCCGUGAAGUGGUUACACAAGAGACUGAGCAGUGUCAACGUGCUACUCUUCACAGACAAAGGCAACCCUGAUCUGACUGAGCCAUACAUCUCCGGCUUCGAAUCAUCGAGGCCAGAUGAGGGUGUGACCAUGACAAUGGCAUCGAAGGAUCCGGACUGGACCCUGAUGUACUGCCACCCAGACUACGUCGAGGAGAAGAGGCGCGUCUUUGGAAAGACGUAUGAUCUCUACAGCCUUGGCAUCAUCCUCUUGGAAAUUGCGUAUUGGAAGCCCGUGUUCGAAAUCUUCAGAAUCGACAAGGCUCUGGUUGUGAAUCGGGCGACAGCGGACCAUAUACGAGACAGUCUGCUGGAUGAACGAAGCGAACACCUGGCCUUCGUUCAAGCGGCGAUGGGGCGACGCUACUGUGAUGCACUUCGCACGUGUGUCGGAGGUCUUGAUGGGUUCAGCAUCAAAACUGAUGCCGAUGAAGCUGAUCCGGUCAUCGGAGCAAUGGUUCAACAAGCCUACAUGCGCUUGGUUGUCAAUGUGCUCAACGACAUCACAUUGUAA